AUGAGUGAUGAGCGACCAGUUUCUAGUACACCAUUAAAGGUGAACCCUAGAGGAAAAUUCGUCGGAAGUCGUCAAAAACUGAUGAUUGUAAAUUUGUUUAAAUCAAAAAUGAUACAACAGCCAACGUUAAAGGUUAAAGAAGUAGCGAUGAUAAUUUCAAAAGAAUUGGGUAUUGGUAAAAAUACAAUCCAGUCAACAAUUGCUGAAUACAAAAACAAAAAAACUGUGAGUUCGCCAAAUAAAUCAAAAAUUCGAGCGACAUAUAAACAAAAAGUUGAUGAUUUUGAACGUGACGCGAUACGGAGGAAGGUGCACGAGUUUUGGUUCCGAAAACAGUUACCUACACUGGAUAAAAUUUUAACAGCCGUUAACGAAGACCCAGACUUAAACACAUACAAAAGAGAUGAUAUUGUGUUAUGGCGCACAAAAUAUAUUGAAGAUAUACGUAAAUACCGGGCACAAAGAAGAACGAUAUACUACCUGGACGAGACCUGGGUCAACGCAGGUGACUGUAACGACAGAAUAUGGCAGGAUAAUACUGUUACGUCCCACAGAGAUGCCUUUUUGAGCGGUCUUUCUACUGGCGCACCGAAUCCUACAGCAAAAGGGAAACGACUUAUUGUUGUUCAUAUUGGAUCAAACGAGGGUUUUGUCGACGGUGGCUUAUUGGUAUUCGAAUCCAAAAAAGGUUCUUCAGAUUAUCACGAAGAAAUGAAUGGUGAUGUUUUUUUCGACUGGUUGAAAGGCGUCAUUCCAUUACUUAAAGACAAUUCUGUCAUAGUUAUGGACAAUGCGCCUUAUCACUCAGUUAAAGUAGAAAAAUGCCCAACAUUAGGAUGGAAAAAGGCGGGAAUUGAAAGUUGGCUUGAAGAAAAGGGUGAACCAUUCCAAAGGCCGAUCAACAAGGUAGGACUAAUGGAAAUCGUAAAGCGUAUUAAACCGCAGUUCAACAAAUACGUUGUUGACGAAUACGUCAAAACUAAAAAUAUGACGGUAUUACGGACGCCACCGUAUCAUUGUGAGUUGAACCCAAUUGAACUUGCGUGGUCGUCCGUAAAAAGGUAUGUGAAGUCAAACAAUACCACAUUCAAACUUCCGGACGUACAAAAACAUUUGAUUGAUGGUGUUAAUCAAUGCACUCCCGAAAUGUGGGAGAAUUUUGUCAAACACGUCAUCCAAAUAGAAGACAGAUUUUGGAAUGUGGACAUGACCGUCGAUGAUGUGAUGGAUGACGACAAUUUACAUGUAAUGACGAUCACUGGGGACACGUCCGAUUCAGAUGACCUUGGAUGUGUAGCAUUAGAAUAA